AUGCAACUUAACCAACGAAAAUUGAUCAGCGAACGACAUGCUUUACUGGUCUACCUUCAGCAGUUGACAGCCUCCGGUUCGCCCAUAGAACAGAAUAGACUCAUAAAAAAGAUCAGUGGAAUCGACCCACGUAUUUCAGAAGAGUACCUUCCACAGAUAGUGCAUGCCAGUUUUGUGCAUCCAAGCACGACCGUCCGUGAAAUGCUACGAAAUAUUAUCUUGUCCCUUGUAGGGGCCUCAUUGUACGUCGCUCUACGGGUUUCGUGGUUGACCAUUUCUAAUUUCUCCUCUUUCGAGUCCUCCGAUAUGGCGGAGUCUGUUAAGCAGUUUCAAGACAGUGUCGAGAGCUACGCCAUUAAUCGAGUAAUGAAUGAGAAGGGAUCUGUCGGGCCCUCUCCGUUAAGUGAGGUCACUGAACCGAUCUUUGAUCCGAGUCAUGUUCUGCAAAAAGAAUUUCGACUGAAGAUAUACAACGACGAGCAUUGGUUUGUAAAUACACUGACAAACCUUGGAAGUCAAUUAUGCCACUUAGCAGAUCGCAAGCGACGCAGCGGCGAGCUGCAGAAGUGUCUUUUGUAUCUCAAUGAGCGAAUACACUAUAUGAGGCUGAUUCAUCCAAUCGGUUCUAGUACAGACCCCGUGCGAUGGAUUGUCAACAUCGUAGUUGAUGAGUGCGUUGUGUUUUCCUCACGCGAGCGUGCACCAUAUUUAAUUCGAUACGAGGUUUUAGUAGAUGAUACUGCCACCAUGCAAAAUCCUGCUCAAUCACAAAUGCGUCUUCCAGAUGGUAGGUUCAAGGUACGCCCCACAUCGGAUGAAAUCUUUCUACCUGAAAGUCUUGUCCACAGUGGGAUGGAGCGGGGCUCGACGAUGCCUUCUCCUCAGUCAUGUAAUGCAAAACUCAAGUCUCCAGCUGUAGAGUUGCGCCACGCGGAGGAAAAAUCAGCCGAUUCGGAUAUAUCCUUGGCGAAGUGUUUCGGGGAAACUCUAGAGAAGCUGAAGGCGCGCAUACGACCCACCUCACCCUGGGGGGCUCAUCCGAAGUGGGACAUGCAUGCGAUGAUCGUAAAGGCAGGGGAUGAUUUGCGUCAGGAAGAACUUGCGAUGCAAUUAAUUUACACGAUUUCAACUAUUUGGAAGGAAUGCGGCUUGACCUGCGCUGUUCAUCCUUACCACGUGAUGCCGACGAACGUGCAGUGCGGUUUGCUUGAAGUCAUCGACGAUGCUAAAUCGAUUGAUAAUUUGAAAAAGACAUGCCAAUCUUAUUCAUUGAGCCAUAUUUUUAAUGCUGUCUUUGGUGGUCCUGACUUAGCGGUCUAUCUCCUCGCUCAGAGGAAUUUUGUUGAAAGUAUGGCCGGUUAUAGUGUUAUUUCCUAUAUUCUGCAACUGAGGGAUCGUCAUAAUGGAAAUUUGAUGCUAUCGCUGAAUGGGGGGUUGAUUCAUAUUGACUUUGGGUUUUUAUUAAUGACCUCACCAGGGGGACUUAAUUUUGAGUCAGCCCCCUUCAAGUUGUCCCAGGAGCUCAUUGAAACAAUGGGCGGGCAGGGCAGUGACGCGUACGGUUACUACAAAGUUCUAAUUUUCCAAGCCCUUAACGCGGUUCGUGAAUUUUCAGACGACAUCAUUGCAUUGAUUUCCUUAAUGGUCCCGAAAACCACUCUGCCUUGUCUUGGCGGUGAUCCUCGAGCUGCUCUUUCGAGGAUACGUGGUCGAUUGCGUUUCGACUUAACUUCAGAGGUCGAUUAUGCACUUUACGCAAGCGACUUGAUCGCAAGCAGUGCGGACAACUGGCGUACUCGUCGCUAUGAUCAAUUUCAAACCCUUCAAAAUGGUAUCUGGUAA